CCUCUUAUAUUUAAAUAAUCCUUCCACAAGAGAUUUCACUACUUUUUUCCAUUGGUAGCAAAUGAUAAUUACAAAAUGUACUCAUGCCUUUCAUCUAUUGUAUAUAGGAUUUGAGUUUAUUUAUAUGGAAAAUGAGAGAGAUGCUGAGGAUGCUAUUCGAGGGCUUGAUCGAAUAGAAUUUGGUCACAAGGGUCGCAGGCUUCGUGUUGAAUGGACGAGGCAAGAGCGAGGCACUAAAAGACAUGAUAGUUCGAGAAGAUCCUCAACUAAUACUAGACCAUCUAAGACCUUAUUUGUUAUCAAUUUUGAUCCACAUUAUACAAGGCCAAAGGACUUAGAGAGGCACUUUGAGCCAUAUGGCAGGAUAGUGAGCAUUAGAAUUAGAAGAAAUUUUGCAUUUGUUCAGUAUGAAUCACAGGAUGAUGCCACAAAAGCAUUGGAAGCUACAAAUUUGAGCAAGUUAAUGGAACGAGUUAUUUUAGUGGAGUAUGCAAUCGAAAGGAGGAAUGGAUAUAGCCCUGAAAGAGAUCGCAAUAUGUUACCAGACAAGCGAAACCAUGAUAAAAGGAGGUCUCCAAGUCCUUACCAUAGGGAAAGAGGAAGACCUAACCAUGGUCUUGGCCGUAGCCCUGGUCCUUACUGGAGAGAGAGGGCUAGACCAGACUAUGGCCGUUAUCGCAACCCAAGUCCCUACAGGAGAGGGAGGUUUAGUCCUGACUAUGGCCGAGGCACAAGCUGUAGUCCUUAUAAGAGAGAGAGGGCUGGCAAUGACCAUGGGCAUAGGCCCAUUCAUAGUCCUUACCAUAAAGAAAGAGCUACUCCUAACAAUGAUCGUGGCCAGAGUGCCAGUCCUUACCGAAGGGAAAGACCUAGCCUAGACAAUGAUCGCAACUAUAGUCGCAAUCCAUAUGGAAGAGAAACCGCUAAUGCAAAUAAUGGUCAUGGUUAUGCGAUGGAUGGUGCUAGCCUUGACAAUGGUCAUCGAACAAGCCCAAAUUCCUUGCCAGAAGAGAGGGACAGUCCAAAUGAUGGUGGGGCUGAAAGUCCUAUGCAUGAGAGAUACCGCAGGUUAUCAUCAUACCAAAUUCUUAUUGUCUAAUUGUUAAAAUUUGACUAUUGGCUAAUAUUUGCUUUAUCCCAGGAUGCAGUCAUUCACCCCCAGUAGAUGGAUGAGUAUGUUCGGAGAGUUUGGAAAGAACACCUGUCGGUUUAUUAGUUUUGUCAUGAAGGUGGAACUUAAUUAGCAUUCUUGCUAUUUGAUCUUUUCAUGAAGAAGGCCCAUAAAAUCGGUCGCAACUUAUGCUCUUCAUUUUGUGAUGUGGGAUUUGGAAAGUGUUAGUAUGUAGUUUGUGCUUUAAUUUUGGGGUAAGAACUGUUGGGUUUGUUAUUAGUGUGGAACUAAAAACCAAUAAUAUAAAAAAUGCGACCUACGCUUAAUCAUCGUCUUAGCAUGGGGUUAAGCGUGGCUGCUGGCCGGUUAAGAA